CCGGAGGGGACACCCCCACGAAGAGGGGACACCCCCACGGAAGAGGGGACACCCCCACCGAAGAAGAAGGGACAUCUCCGGAGCUGGGGCCAUCUUGUCUGUGCCUUCUUCGCCAUCCUCCUCCUCCUGAGAGAGGCCUGACCGACCUUCCUCAUCCUCCCCCAGCUUCCUCUUCCUCCCCCGAGCGGGGAAACAGCCUGUUAACCCUUUGGCUGCCGCUCCUGCCGAGGUGCUGCUGCUGCUGCUGCCACGGAGGGUCCCACCCCACCAGCCCUGCUGCCCAAGGAGAAAGGUUCCUGCGGUUGGUGGGACACGAAGCACCCCAGCAGUGUCGGGAUUCCCAGGAAACUCCAGAGAGCCGGAGAGGCGCCGGGAUGCAGGGACAGGAUGCCAAGAGAUGUGUCCAGCUGAAGGGGAAAGCGCCCGAGAAGCCGGGGACCCACCAAAAACCCACCCGAGGUGGGGAAGCCCAGCAGAAAGAGGAGGCAGCCUCGGCCAAGGUGCGCAAGGGGGUCCCACACCUCCAGGAAAACGGUCGGGAUGAGCUGAUGGUUGGGUGUGAAGCAGGGCAUGGGGAGGUGCCAAGGAGAGGUGGUGGCCACGGGGGUGAGAGGGGUCCAAGUCAGGUCCUGGUCCAGGCAGGAACCAGUGGGGGUGAGGGAAGAACCACCCGCUCGGCCCAGAGCCUGGGGUUGCAGGUGGAGGACAAGGCUGAUGUCCCCAUCCCUGGAGGGAACAGGGACAGGGAGGACUUGAACCCUCAGUCAGCAGAGGGAAGGUGUGGGGAGGAGCAGAGGAGGCAAGUGUGGGAGAAGCUGCAGCACCUGGGAGAAGACAUGAAGAAGUGGGAAGGGAGGUCCACCAGGGAGCUGGGGGUCAGGCUGGUGGAGGUGAUCCUGCAGACCAAAACCAGUGAGUACCCAAUGGGAACGGGGAAGCAGAGAGAGUUGCUGGAGCUGGGGCAGGGGGACACGAGAGGCAGGGUGGGCAGCUCGGAAGAGGUGGGUGCUUUGGUGGACACCCCCGUGGACGUCACUGUGAUGCAGCAUGACCAGCCGCUGGAGGACCUUGCUGGGUACCAUGACAUGUACUGGAAAGAUCACGAGCUCCUCACCAUGAUGGAGACAUCUGACAACGAGCAGAUCUGGGAGGACUCUGAUGAUGAUGACCUCCUGGAGCGGGGAGGCCCACCACCCGUUCCUGAGCCCACAGUGGCCAUGCUGUGUCUCAGGGUGCAAGAAGACAGAGACAAAGAGCGGUGGAGGGUGGAAUUCCCCAACGUGUGGGCACGAUACGAGACGGACUGCGGGAUGGUGGCCGGGGAGGUGAACGUGAGCGGGGCACGGGUGCCCUUCCAACAGCAACCUCGGUUUCCAGCAGCCAAGGAGCAGCAGAUGGCGAGCAUCCUGCAGGCUCUGCUCAGAGAUAACGUGGUGGUGAAGGGCACAUCUUCCUCCAACAGCCCCGUGAGGCUCGUUCAAAAGCCCAGCUGGAAGACGUGUCGCCUGGUGCUGGACUGCAGAGCUAUCAACAGGGCCACCCCCAAGGUGGUGGCUUCGGUGGACCUGGGCAAGGCCAAGAUCCUCGCAAACCUCAGCCCCAAGAGCAGGUAUUUCUCCAAGGUGGAUCUCUCCAACGCCUCCUUCGCCAUCCCCUUGGCAGGAAGCUCCAGAGCCAGGUUUGCCUUCACCUUCUGGGGCCAGCAGUACCUCUUCACCCGCUUGCCCGUGGGCUUCCACAGCACCACCACCAUCCUGCACCAGCGGGUGAAGGAGAUGUUGUCCCACCUGCCCCAAGAAGACCAACCUUGGGUUUUCUCCUACUCCGAUGACAUCCUCAUCAGUGGGGAAACCCGAAAGGCUACUGAAGACCGAACGAAGAAAGUCCUGAAGCUGAUCCAAAACACAGGCUUUAAAGCCAAGCUGGAGAAGGUGCAGCUGGUCCAGCCCAAGGUGACUUACCUGGGGAUGACCAUUGGGGCCAAGGGGUGGAAGACCCAGACCCGUGAGUUGGAGGCCAUCAUCGAAGCUUCUUGCCCAACGGAUAUCAGCAGCCUCCGCUCGCUGCUGGGGAAGUUGAGCAUCGUGAAGGACCAGAUCCCCAACUACUGGAAGUUGGUCUGGCCCCUCCAGCGCCUCCUCAUGGGGCAGGUCAGAUGGGGCUGGGAAGAGGAGCAGGAGAAGGCACUCAAACGCCUGAAAGGAGCCCUCUGGGCAGCACCCGUCCUGCGGUUCCCUGAUAGAACCCAGCCCUUCAUUAUCCAGUUGACCACCGGCAAGGAGGAGGUGGGAGCCACCUUGCUGCAGGAGGACAGAUGGGGCCGGCUGUUCCCGGUGAGAUACAGCUCCCGCAUGCUGAAGGGCCGUGCUGUCUCCUACCUGACCCAGGAGAAGAGGUGCCUGGCCGCCAUCUGGGCCGUGGAGGCCUUCAAGACCCUGACGGAGUCAGCCCCUAUCGUUAUUCAGAUGCUCCAGUCCCCUUCGAAGUACCUCCUACGGGGUGAAGUGUUGGGGUCCUGCAGGACCAACCCGCCCCCAACGCAGUGGUCUCUGCUGCUGGUGAACGAGAGGGCUGCUGGUGGAAUGAUGGUGAGGGAACCCCAGCCCUGGGAGUGGGGACACACCUUCCGCGUCCCCAUCUCCACCGCUCCCUCCCUAAAGGAGCUGCCCUCCCACAUCCCCAAGUCCAAAGUAUGGUUCCUGGCCACCCAGGAGGGUUGCUCCACAAGCUUCGCUGCGGCCAACCUGGAAGAGCGGUGGCUGCUCGGGGUGGCUGAGGAGGACGCGGAGCUGGUGGCUCUCAGGGAGCUCCUGCGCUUUCACCAGGGCUCCUCAUCCCUCUAUUUGUACACCAACUGCCUGUCCUUGGUGGAAAGGUUGCAAGGCCUGAUGGAGGAGUGGGAGUGGGACCCAAAGUUCUGGGCCACCUCCAGCGAUGACUUGUGGUCGAGCCUCCUCAGGUGGCUCCACAACACCCCAGGGAUGCUGCACAUCAGGUACGUGGGAGGCCACGGGAGCAUGGACCCGGAGGAGAGGAAGUGGAGCCAGAAAGUGGACAGGAGGGCAUGGAAGAUGGCCACCCUGGCCGUGGGCAACCAGCUGAUGUGGGAGCCCUCCAGGUAUGAGAAGCAAGAAAUCAUCGCCCGCUGCCACAGCUGGAAGCACGAGGGGGUGGAGAAGACCCUGGCGAGGGUGCGGCGGGUUGUCCUCUGGGAAGGUGACAGCGAGCAGGUGGCCCGUUGGGUGCAGAGGUGCCCCAAGUGUGCUGUAGACAGGGAUGGAGGAGGCAGGAUGCAGCCCCAACGGGCAGAGGGACCGUGGUCGGAGCUCUGGCUGGGCCACAUCAGGGGCCUCCCCGAGAGCGAGGAAGGUGCCCGCUCCCUCUUGGUGGUGGUGGACGAGUUCUCGGGGUGGGUGGACGCCUUCCCGCUGUGGGAGGGGACGGUGCAGGAGAUGGCCUGGGUGCUCUACGAGAAGGUCUUUGAGCGCUACGGGACCCCUCGCAUGAUCUACUUGCCCCAGGUGCCACGCUGGCUGCAGGAUGUCCCCCGGCUGGUGAUGAGGGAAGCUGGCCUGAAGCUCAUAUGGACCACCCUGCAGGCCAACCAGGAGGUCCCGGCCACCCAGACCCUGCAGCGGUUGGCCUGGGGGGCCGGCAAGGCCUGGGUGGAGAUGCUGCCCUUGAUGCUGGCGGGGGUCAGAGCCCUGCAGGCUCCAGGAGAGGUCCUUGGCCCCUACCAGAUCAUCUCAGGCUUCCCCUUGGAGGUGCGGUGGAGCUCUGAGAAGGCCAGUCCCCAAAGAAAUGUCCUCCUCUGGCUCAGGGGGCUGCAGGAGUAUGGCUACAAGCGGCGGACCGAAGCCGCGCUGCUGGAGGGUUGCCCGGGGAGGGAUGCUCCAUAGCCAUAACCCCACCACCACCACCAUCUCCUCCAGGAGAUUGCUCUCUGUGGGUGUUGUGUUUCCUGGGGUGGGGAGAAAAUGGGGGUACUGGGCUGACUGGGGGGCUUUUAGUCAGGACUGGAGGGCUUUUUAGGUAGAACUAGUGGGGGCUUUUAGGUAGGACUAGAUAGUUGGAACUGGAUGAUCUUCAAAGUCCCUUCCAACCCAAACCGUUCUGUGAUUCUAUGUCAGGGAGGGAGAGCUUGCUGGGUAUACUGGUUUUUGACUGGGAUGGAGUUGGUCGGUCUUCAUAGCUCUCCAGCUGUGGCCCAGCAGUGCUGGGAACACUGGGAUGGUGUUGCCAGAACUGGGAACUGGGCUGGCUUUUUUGGGGGGGGUGGGACCAUGGGGAGACGGUGAGCGAUGGCCUUGUGCUGGCGUCACUGGUUUGGGUUUCUUUAUUUCCCUCUAUUUUUUCUACUUCUUCAUUUAUUAAACGGGUUUUACGUCAA